UAGGAGAUGAGCUCAUCAAGACCUCCAGCCCUCAGCGUGGUCUGAUUAGCAAAACCUGGGCGAGGAGGCUGCAGUUGGAGUCCUGGACGCUGAGCUGCGCCAUCAACUUCAUUAAUGACCAUUUCACAGCGGCACUACUGCUGCUCACAUUUCCAUACCGACUCCUCUGGUGAAGGACUUAAGUCUCCAGACAGAGCCAUCGCUUCAAAGCGCCACUAAGGUUGCUGAGUUUUUUUUUUCCCUUUGUAUUAUGGACGUGUUUAACAACGUAGCUCUCUGAUAGCAGCUCGUUUUGCGUCUUCCUUCUUCGUUGGACUGUGUACGGGCCUUUUAGGUGUGAGGAGGAUGUGUGAUGUGUCUGAAAGCCCUGGGUCGGAGUGCAGUGAGCUGGUCCGGUCCGUGUGCCCGCCAGCCCCGGGCCCUGAGGCCCUGCACCUCCAGGAGCCCAGCCUGCUUUUUAACAGGCCCUCAUCUUUCAGCAGCCUCAGCCCUCCUCAGGCCCAGACUUUCUUCCCCUUCGCGGCUGUAGGGGGUGACUUCAGACCCGGCGAGGUGCAGGCCGGGGACUUCUCCCAGCCCAAACCGUGGUACCCCUUCCCGGGGCAUGAUUACAUGGGGCAGGUGGCGGGGUCCCACCCUGCCAACCUCAGCCCCCCCAUCGCCGAGACCCGGGAGCAGAUCAGGAUGGCUGAAGUGAAGAUCGAGAAAGAGAUGAGGGGGGAGGAUUACGGGGAGGUCAAACUGCAGCAGCCCCAGUUCCCUACCCCGGGGGCCUCGGGCCUCUACUAUCCCACCCCGUGGCCCCCAUCCUUCUGGCCCGGGCUGCCGCACGUCUCGGCGCCCUGUGGCCCAGGCCAGGCUGUGCCGGCUGUCUCCGUGUCCUCCUCCACCCCGCCGUCCUCCACGUCCCCCUCGCUCUCUCCCUCUCCGCCCAGCAGCGCCUUCUACAGCGGGGCCUCGGCGCAGUUGGCGCCCGCCGCGCAUGCGCACACUGCCGGCAGAAGCAGCGGCUCUUCCAGUGGGGGCUGCAGUGACUCCGAAGAAGAGGAGAACUUGACCACAGAGGAGUUGGAGCAGUUUGCCAAAGAGCUGAAGCAUAAGCGCAUCACUCUUGGUUUCACUCAGGCAGAUGUGGGACUGGCACUGGGGAACCUCUACGGAAAAAUGUUCAGUCAGACGACUAUCUGCCGCUUUGAAGCUCUUCAGCUCAGUUUUAAGAACAUGUGCAAGCUAAAGCCGCUGUUACAGAGAUGGCUUAAUGAAGCAGAGACCUCAGAGAACCCCCAGGAUAUGUACAAGAUUGAGAGGGUGUUUGUCGACACAAGAAAGAGAAAGAGGCGAACUAGUUUAGAGGGUUCAGUCCGCACUGCUCUUGAGUCGUACUUUAUGAAGUGUCCCAAGCCCAACACACUGGAAAUCACGCACAUAUCUGAUGACCUUGGCUUGGAGAGAGAUGUGGUCCGUGUCUGGUUCUGUAACCGCAGACAGAAAGGCAAGCGUCUGGCUUUACCCUUGGAUGAUGAGACCAUAGAGGGUCAGUAUUAUGAACAAAGUCCAACACCACCUCCGCACAUGGGAGGCACACCCCUCUCUGGUCAGGGUUAUCUGGCACCCACUCACACUGGGGGAGUCCCUACUUUGUACAUGCCACCGAUUCACCGGCCCGAUGUCUUCAAACAGGCCCUGCACCCUGGGCUGGUGGGCCACCUUUCCAGCUAAGCUUCCCUGUUCUGACGACACCCUUGGGGGAGAAAUGGCUUGCUAAGGGAAGAGAACAGGACUUCAUUUGCUCCAAGCCAAGCUAUGGAUCAAACUAGCAUUUUUAUUUUUUCUCCCCCAUCUUUUUAAAAUGACUCUGCCUCUAAUGCCUGUUGCUUUCCAAACUGCAGUAUUGCAGAGCCUGCUUAAUUAGAAAUGAACAUGAUACAUCUGCUUGAGUUACUCAACAGAAGGUACUGGAAUCAAAAUGUAUCUGAUGAAAUGCAUUUGCACAAGUCAUGGAUUUGUUUCAAAACAUGACUUUUAGUUGGUUUUAA